ACAUCAUAUCUGCCCUCAGCAGCUCAGCCCUCCGCCUCCGCUGCUGCUGAUCCUCCGGGGAGCGGACAGAAAGCGACGGCGGUGUUUGUGUCAGCAUGCCGGCAGACAGCGCUCCUCUCUGCCUGCCUGUUGUUGCUGUGUCUGGAGGGAGGCUCCUGCUGGAGGGGGAAUAACAGAGCUGAGGACGAGCUGACAUGCCCUUCACUGCCUGGCGCAGUCAGCGCGCUGAUCGCCGUCAGGCGGAGACGAGGUGAAGACCGGAAUGGUGCAUUUAAAUUGUCCUCUGUAACGCUGAGGAAGCCUGGCUCAGUCUCCAUCUAUCUCUGGGUUCUUUUAUUUUGUGGAGAAUAACGACAUUACAUGUCCGAUCGCGGAGCCGGAGCGACGGCAGAAUGCGGCGCAGCGGGUGUUUGACUGCAGGUGGAUGGCCAACCUGACAGUCCCAGCCGCCGCUUCACUCCCGACCCGCCGCCGCUGCAGCCGCAGCAGGUCUGGCUUCACCCGGAGCUGCGAGAACAAAGUGAAAACAGAGAGAGCCUCGUCAGACUAACACACCCGAGCCAUGCUUCCAGGGGUCGGCGUGUUCGGCACCAGCCUGACCGCCAGGGUGAUCAUCCCGCUGCUGAAGAACGAGGGCUUCGCCGUCAAAGCGCUGUGGGGCCGGACGCAGGAGGAGGCGGAGGAGCUGGCCAAGGAGAUGAACGUACCGUUUUACACCAACCGGAUCGACGACGUGCUGCUGCAUCAGGAUGUGGAUCUGGUCUGCAUCAACCUGCCGCCGCCUCUGACGCGGCAGAUCGCAGUCAAAACACUGGGUAUUGGAAAGAAUGUCAUCUGCGACCGGACAGCAACGCCUCUGGAUGCCUUCAGAAUGAUGUCAGCAGCCCAGUACUACCCCAAGUUGCUGAGCAUUAUGGGAAAUGUGCUUCGUUUCUUGCCGGCCUUUGUUCGGAUGAAGGAGUUGCUAGAGGAAGGGUACAUCGGGGAGCUUCUGGUCUGUGAGGCCCAGGUCCAUAGCGGUAGUCUCCUGGGGAAGAAAUACAACUGGAGCUGCGAUGACCUGAUGGGAGGAGGUGGUCUGCAUUCGGUGGGCAGUUACAUCAUAGACCUGCUGACGUUUUUGACUGGUCAGCGUGCAGCGAAGGUCCACGGCUUCCUCAAGACCUUUGUCAAACAAACGGAUCACAUCCGGGGCAUCCGUCAGAUCACCAGUGACGACUUCUGCACGUUCCAGAUGGUAUUGGAGGGAGGCGCCUGCUGCACCGUCACGCUCAACUUCAACGUGCCCGGAGAGUUUCGGCAGGAGGUGAUUGUUGUGGGGACAGUCGGAAGGUUAACGGUCAUGGGGACAGACCUGUACGGACAGAAGAACAGUGGGGGUGGAGGAGGUGGCGGAGGCCCUGAACUCCUGCUCAAGGACAGCACACCACUUGAGAAGGCAUCUUUACCAGAGAAGGCCUUCAGUGACAUACCGUCCCCAUAUCUCAUAGGAACGAUCCGCAUGAUCCAGGCUGUGCGGCAGGCCUUUCAAGACCAAGACGACAGGAGGACAUGGGACGGGAGGCCUCUGACGAUGGCUGCUACCUUCGAGGACUGUCUUUACGCUCUUUGUGUGGUGGAUACCAUCAAGAAAUCCAAUCAGUGCGGAGAGUGGCAGAACAUUGUGGUGAUGACGGAGGAACCCGAGAUCAGCCCGGCCUACUUGAUCAGCGAGGCCAUGCGACGGAGCAGGAUGUCGCUCUACUGUUAGCAUCCGGGUAAAGUGCUGACCCCUUUAAAUGGCUGAACGGCAGUGUUACCUUCGAACCUGGAGGUGGUGCCACAAAAGCUUUGCCGUUGUUGAGACUGUAUUCAUACUGCUACUGGGUUUAGUUCUUACAUUCAGUGAGGGUUCAUUUUAACACUGUCAAAUCUGUUGUUACUGUUACAGACGGAGAGGUUACACCACUAUGAUACAGGGAGGUUACCCUGCUUCUGCAUUAGAGGAAAAGCAAUGUGAUCAAUAAUCAAACCUUUAUUUAUAUGGAAGCCUUUGCUGUGUUCCCCUCCAGACAGAAGGAAUGAGUCCUUCCAGGGAGAUUCGCUUGUGAGUCAAACUGAAUCAUGCAACAGAAAGACAAGAUAUAGUCCUACAGUGGAGGCAGAUCAGAGAGUGAAACUAAUGCUAUCGUGUUCUGCUUGACCUUAAUGGUAUUGCACCUCUCAUCUCAGCUCCUCUUCUACAUGACUUGGUCUGGAAGACACCUUACACUGUGGGUCCAAACGAGGACAGCCAAGGAAGAAUGAUAGUCUUCUCAGUUCAAGCUGUGCCGCUGUGUCGUUGCUAAAGGUCUGAUGUACAUGUUAGUUUGCCAAGUGAAUGUUUUGAAAAAAAAAAAAGAAAAAGAAAAAGAAAAAAAGCAACAUGCUUGAUAGCUUCAGCGUCUGUCUGUUCUUUAGGCUUGCUUUGUAUGUGUGAAACAUGAGAAAAAAGAAAUCAAUAGUUUGGCUGGUGGGCUUUCAGAGGCGUUUGCCUUCUGGUUUAUGUAUGCAAUAUACUGUAUCUUCCAGCCUGGAGUAAAGGGUUAAAACACACUAUGAUAUGCCUUUAUGCAGUUGCAGUAGCCUUUGCAUCAGGCUGCAAGUCCUGCAUGGGAGGCCAGUACAGUGAUACUAAUGUUCUUAUUUAUUGAAUGCUUUUUUUUUUAAUUAUUUUUAUGAAGCAUGGCCAUGAAAUACACAGAAUUCUGUGUGGUGUGAACGUAUCUGUGCUGAGCCUUAAGUAUGGAUAUAAAUACAGUCUGUUGAACAAUGUUCGGGUAUUAUCUUCAUAUUGCAAUGCAACGGGUCACACUUGCAUCAGGCUACUGUGAUUGAGCGUUUAGCAUGCUUUCUAAAGCAGUGAAAUGUAGGUGAAAUCCAUCACAUCAAUUAGACGUCUACAGUGAGACUGGGAACUUGCAGCCAGUUAAGAUAAGCAUUUCUUUAUGUUUCUGUUAGAGUUGUUAAAUGUUGGUCGGAUGCUGGUGUUAUGUUUUUUUUUCUUAGUUCCAGCAAAUGCAAUGAAAAGACCAAAACCAACAAAAUAAAUCCACCCAUCAGCACUGCUCACAACGCAACUGUGGCACUCAGCAUCAAUCAUCAUUGAUUCUUAUCGAAGAUGUCAAUCUUUAAAGCUGCACAAAUCAAUGUUUUUUUUUCAUUAAUGAUGGGUCAAAUGAUAACGGUCAAUGUGUAAUGUGAAAGGUGUUGAUAAUAGCAAUCAACCCACAAAGUAUUAUCACCUGACUCUGCAGUUUCCUUUAACUCUAUGUAACGUUUAAGCAUCUUUCAGCUCUUUAAGGACAACAGCUGUUUUGGUUCAGUCUCACCUCGUUGGCAGCUUUUUUUCAGCGAAAAAGGUCUGGUACGCUGACAAUACACACAAAAUUAACGAUUCGCUGGUAAACAUCAUGGAGCAUUAAAAGCUAAGAGGGUCACUAACAGAGAGAAAAACAGAGCUAAAAGAAAAAUAAAAUUGGACAAGCAUUUCUUGUGAAAAGAAGCUUUAAGAACAUAUAUAUGUUUAAUUUCUUUUGGGGUUUUUUUUACAACCAUUUUCCCCCCCAAACAUCUGUAUUUUCAGUUUAUGUGUAUUUAUCAGAAACUGUUUUCAGCUGCUGACUAAUCCACAUUUGAUGCUCUAUGGAGAAAUAUAUAUAUAUAUAAUAUUACCAGCCUUAUCCUUUAGGGCAUAACGUGCGUGCAUUAUGAGUGCAGCUGGCCUUCAGAACUCCAACUACUCUUUGUUUUUUUACUGUAUGGCAAUCGCAAAAGAGAGCUAAAACAAACCGUCAGAAAUUAUUUGCAAAUACAGGUUUGAUAUUACCCGAUACAGGUAAAAGAACUGACCUACAAGCCAAAAGAUUGAUUUUUUUUUUUUUUUUGAUGCAUCUCUGUUCCCCUGUGUGGUUUCAAGUUCUUAAGCUGUGCUGAAAUACUAUCUAUGUAAUGACUACUGAAAAUGUACAUAUGAAAAUAUUAUAAAACAACAUUAUGCGGUUGUCUAAAGAGAUGAACAAGUACUGUAUGUAUUUUAAUUGUAAAAAAAAAAACAACAACAAGCAACUGGGAUGUUU